AUGGCGAAAAACGAGCAAAUGAAGAUUGUCUUUGGGGCAAUGUCCUUUGGAAAGCCAAAUACACUCGGCUCCCGUGUCCAUGAUAUACCUACAGCCACCGAGAUCAUUGAUCUAUUCCAGCAGCAUGGCCACAACGAGAUCGAUACAGCCCGAAUCUAUGGUGGUGGAUCUUCCGAGGAGAUGAUCGCUGAUCUCGCAUGGAAAGAUCGGGGUCUCAUCGUGGAUACAAAACUGUAUCCUAAUGCCGGAGGGCCCGCUGCCUUUGAGGACGGAUAUACCCAUAGACCCGAGGACAUUCGACGCGGGUUGACGAACAGCUUGAAAGCGCUGCAAGCAGAAAAGAUCGAUAUUUUCUACCUCCAUGCCCCAGACCGCAAUACGCCUUUCGAGGAUACCUUGCGCGAAGUCAACAAGUUGCACCAAGAAGGUCGUUUCUCUCGCCUCGGACUGAGCAACUUCAUGGCUUGGGAGGUAGCUCAAAUUUGUGAGAUCUGCAUAAAGAACGACUGGGUCCUGCCGACCGUCUACCAAGGGGUCUACCACGUCCUUCAGCGCAGCAUUGAGGCCGAACUGAUUCCCUGUCUCCGCAAAUACGGUAUUUCACUCUAUGGCUUCCAACCUCUCGCCGGUGGACUCCUCACUGGACGUUACAAGAGGGAUCAAACGGAAUUCGAGGAAGGAUCCCGAUUUGACCCCAAGAUUCUCUCUGGAACGGUUGCUCGAGGUCGCUAUUGGAAUGAUGCCUACUUCGAUGCUCUCGAAACCAUUCACUCAGUCGCGACCAAGCAUGCUCUGACCGAUGCCGAAAUUGCAUUGAGAUGGCUGAAGUAUCACUCGAAAUUGAGCCAAGAUCUGGGCGAUGCCAUUAUUGUGGGUGCUAGUCGGGUCAGCCAUCUCGAGUCUAAUUUGCAAGAUCUGGAGAAGGGAGAGCUUCCUGAUGAAGUAGUUCAGGCUGUGGAAGAGUCCUGGUCAUUGGUGAAAGGAGCUGUGCCUAACUACUGGCACUGA